AUGGCUGAGCCUGAGAGACCCCCAACAGGGCCCGCCCAAGCUCGCACAAAGGCUCGCCCUCCUCCACCUCCUUUCUACCUCCCGCUGAACAUCGCCCUCUACCUGUGUCUUAUCGCCAAUGGCCUUGCAGCCUUCUUCUCGCCCAUUCAGGACUGUGAUGAAGUCUUCAACUUCUGGGAACCUGCACACUAUCUCGACCAUGGAUACGGCUUGCAGACAUGGGAGUACUCGCCGGUAUACUCCAUCCGAAGCUGGCUCUACGUGUCUCUUCAUGCCGUAGUGGGGAAGCUGGCGUCAUCGAUGGUCCAUUCCAAAGCUGCUGAAUUCUAUACAAUUCGGUUUUUCCUUGCGGUUGUUUGUGCUGCCUGUCAGACCAGAUUGUACUCUGCGAUCUGUCGGUCCCUCAACCCCCGCAUCGGCCUCAUCUUCUUGAUGAUCACGGUAUUCAGCCCUGGUGUGUUCCAUGCGUCAACUGCCUUCCUGCCGUCCACUUUUACCAUGUACACAUCGAUGCUUGGCCUGGCGGCUUUCUUGGAGUUCAAGGGUGGGCCUAGGACCGCUCAGGGGAUUAUGUGGUUUGGGCUUGGUGCAAUUGUUGGCUGGCCAUUCGCCGGUGCUGUCAUCAUGCCUCUUCUGGCCGAGGAAGUCAUCAUCUGCUUGAUCUCGGGGUCUCUGGGGUCGCUCCUAGUUAAGAUAUUUGAUGGUGCCGCUAGGUGUCUCUCUAUCUUGGCCUUGGAAGUUGCGGUCGACUACGCUUUCUUCAACAAGAUUGCUCUAGUACCCUGGAACAUCGUUGCUUACAAUAUAUUCGGUGGGGAGGAUAAAGGGCCCGAAAUCUUUGGCACGGAGCCGUGGACCUUCUAUAUCCGCAAUCUGCUUUUGAACUUCAAUGUCUGGUUUGUGCUGGCAAUGCUAGCCGCCCCUCUUCUCCUCAUCCAAACCGUGUUCCGGUCUACCGGUACAUCUUUCCAGGCGCUGUUCCGUUCUAUUACGCUGGUCGCGCCGUUCUACAUGUGGUUCACGAUCUUCACCCUCCAGCCUCACAAAGAGGAACGAUUCAUGUACCCAGCUUAUCCAUUCCUGGCUCUUAAUGCGGCCCUCUCCUUCCAUACUAUCCUGAGUUAUCUUGGCUCCGGUAACCCGAAGGAGAUUAUCGGUCGUGUCCCGGUCAAAUUGAAGCUCGCUGCAGUCAUGUCAGUCAUCCUGGUGGCUUUUAAUGCCGGUAUGCUGCGCAUCCUUGGAAUGGUGACCGCAUAUAACGCGCCCUUGAAGGUCUUCGAGCCAUUGCAGGAGGUGAAUGUGAUGGAGACAGGAACAUCCGUGUGCUUCGGCAAGGAAUGGUAUCGAUUUCCGUCUUCAUACUUCCUCCCGCACGACAUGCGCGCCAAGUUCAUCCGAAGUGAGUUCCGAGGUCUUCUCCCGGGCGAGUUCCCAGAUGCGCCGAGCUAUUACUCUCGCCUGGGUGGUGCCUCCCAGAUUCCAUCUGGCAUGAACGAUCUGAAUAUCGAAGAUCCCAGCAAAUAUGUUGAUAUUUCGCAAUGCUCUUUCCUGGUGGACUCUUACUUCCCCAGUCGCCCGGCGACCGAGCUGGAACCUGACUACGUGCUUGAUGAGUCCCAGUGGGAGACUCUAACUUGCCAGAGCUUCCUCGAUACAUCCCAAACGGGAUUGCUUGGACGUUUGAUCUGGAUCCCCAACCUACCUUUCAUCCCCGAACAAUUCCAGCGGAAGUGGGGACAGUACUGCCUCCUGCAGCGGAGGACAAAGGCCAACAGUGUAUAG